CGCCAUUCAACAGCACAGAAUUCAAAGACUUUUUAUAUGGGCUCGGCAUUACCCAAGUAAUGUCAAGCCCAUAUCAUCCACGGUCAAAUGGUAUGACGGAGAGGGCCGUGCAAGAAGCUAAAAAAACUACUAAAGAAGUGUUCUCUUAGAACGCCAGAUUUCCACAUGGCUCUGCUUGAAUGGCGUAAUACUCCACGCGAUGCUGUUUUGAAGUCCCCUGUACAGAGACUGAUGGGAAGGCAGACGAGGACCCUGCUGCCUGUACCCGCAAGCCACCUGGUGCCGGAGAUUGUGCCCAACCGAGCCGUCCAUAACCGUCUCCAGGAAAUCCGCCAACGCCAGAGGAUGUACUACAACCGCCACUCCAGGAACCUGCCACCCCUGUCUCCUGGCCAGAGAGUGACUGCAUACGAUACCCAUGAGAAGACCUGGGCACCUGCGGUCUUUCUGAGGCCAGCUGAGACGCCGCGCUCCGUGGUGGUGAAGACUGAAGAGGGCCAGGAAACUAGGCGCACUCGUGUGCAUCUGCGAGACGCGCCUUCACAUCCCGAAGAGAGUCCUCGUGCGGGGUCCGAACGACUAGACGACGCCCAGCCCGCCCAAGAGCUACGUAGAAGCACAAGGCCACGCCGGGAGCCUUGCCGCUACCCCCAACCAGAAAGACCAUUGUAAUUAUUUGCUUCCCUAAGAAAGGGAAGAUGUAGCAUGGCUGAGUCACUCUGACGUCAACGGCCAUUUUGUUAAAAUCACGUGACCUGUUAUGUCACAAUUCUUUCCUAUAUGUACUUCGUUUCAACCGCAAUAAACGUUGUUCGUCACCCGACUGCCGGCCCGCUUA